AUGCUCGAGAUGGAGGAGGAGGGUCUCUUGGGAAAUUCACCCGCACCGCACAAGCGACUCCAGAAUUUGUACCAUUCGAGGCGCUUCAACCUCAAAGCAUUCAUACCGCGUUCGCGGGCAUCUGUUUUGUACACAAUCUCUGCAUCCUUUGCGGGCCUAUUUCUCUAUUUUAUCUUCUUCUCCUCGACCGGCUUUGGCUUGCUGCAUACCGCCGACGCUGGCGAGUGGGCAAUAUUCGACAACAAGUCGCAUCCUAUAUCGGAUUUACCACUCCUGGCCUCUGAAGGUCUAUUAGAACUCUCGAUUGACGAGUUGCGCGAACGUGUCUCGAAAACGAAUGGCUACUUUGCCCGUGAUUGGAGUCUCAGUCUCGGAUGGAAUAAUAUGCGGUAUAUUAUCGAGGGCGGUCUUUCGCAAGCGAGACUACUCAACCGUACUCUUGUAUUGCCCUCAUUUGUCUACGCACGGGCGUGCGAGUUCUCCAACGAUGUAUGUGCCAAACACGCCAAAAUGGUCAACCGUGGAGACGCUGUGGGCUCGGAUGAGUGGCGGUCGCUCCCUCUGGAGAAGCAAAUGGCUUGGGUGAUCCCACUCGAGCUCAUGAUCGACAUCCCACAUCUUCGUGCAAAGCAUCAGUUUGUCACUGUGUCAGAAUACUUCCGCUUGCAGAACAUUACCGACCUGACCAAGGAGAAGACGAACGGACAUUGGGAUAGAGAGUUUUACCACACUGGUAUCAACGAUAUUCCAUUCCGCGGCCAUCGCUCGCAUGUUGGCGUCCACCCGUCAUUGUACAAGAUUAAGAACGGCGACUAUGACCCCAAGACGAUUACCCUUCUCGACACGCUCGACGUCGACUCGUACCGAGCUCUUUCGAAUACCCUUACCGAAACUGGUACGCAAUACGAUUCAAUGCUGCUGGAGAAGAUGAAGGAGAACCGGAAUCGGGUCGCGUUGGAUUGGAACACUGCACGCGAUGUGAUCAAGGACAUUGCCAAUAUCAAGACGGACGAAGACUUUGAACACGCGCUCCGACUCGCGGGAUGGCUUACGACCUAUACAUGGCAGGGAGCGAUCGGAAUGGAAAUGACAAAGACCGUGGUCGAACCUAUUCGGCAAGUUGCCCCGAGGUCUAUGUUGAGAGGUUGGGUCGACCAGUUUUAUGACAAGACGGAGGACGUCUUAUUGCUCGAGGGUGAAGUGCAUCUCGAGCGCAAGCCUGGAUUCAUGCGUUUCACGACGACCGAAGCACGGGAUCAAAUGGGACGCAUCGUCUUGUAUGAUCUCCGACCACCGGCCAACGUCAGGGACCUUGCGGCGCUUGUUAUUAGUAGGAUGGAUAGAGUGAACCAUGGUCGCGCGUGGAUGGCGGCUCACAUGCGUCGUGGAGACUUCGACCGACUGGGUUGGGCUAUGGAAAAGACCCUUCAGGACCACUUUAAUCGUCUCAAGAGGAAAUUGGCCACUGCACGCGAGCUACUUGAACGACUACCCACGUCGGACCCGCAUCCGUACAAGAUUCCGGAUGCACACCUCAACGUCGAGUUGACGAUGAGAGAACCACCAAAACCUUCUGAUAGCAUGUACCUCGCCACUGAUGAGCGCGAGGAGGAAAACUUGGAGUGGCUUCGCAAAAACGGUGCGACGCUCUUUAGCGACCUGAUUGCACCAGUGGACCGGGAGCAGUUCGGAUGGCCACUGCUCUUUACGGAUAUCGUAGCGCUGGUUGAGCAGCAAGUGAUUGGCUACGGCUCAUCCUACUUUUAUGCCCACGCUAUGAGCUCGUUUGCCGGAGGAGUGAUCAACUUUCGCGCGGCGAAUGGAUGUGAUGAACGUACGGGUUUGGUGGAUUAA